AUGGCCGAUAUCGAAAAAUACUUUACCUACGAUGGGCGACUCGCGUCUUUUCGUAAAACCACAAAGAAACGCGGGUCUACCGUUGGACGUGGCGCCAAACCACUCAACUGGCCACACAAACAAAUCACACCUGCGAGUCUUGCAAAAGCUGGAUUCUACUUCAACCCGAGCCCCGACAAUCCUGACAACUGCACAUGUUUUCUCUGUCAGAAGGGUCUCGACGGCUGGGAAGCUGGCGAUGAUCCCUUGGUAGAACAUGUGACGCAUGCCUCCCACUGUGGCUGGGCCAUUGUUAAAGCCAUCGAAGCCGAGAUUGAAGAAUACUUCAAGCAGGACCCAACGCUACCUCGCAUGGUCGAGGCCCGAGAAGCUACGUUUGGUACCAGAUGGCCACACGAAGGCAAGAAGGGAUGGCAGUGCAAAACGAAACAGCUUGUUGAGUCAGGAUGGGUUUACACCCCAACUGACGAAUCCGAUGACAUGGCAACAUGCAUGUAUUGCCAACUUGCACUGGAUGGCUGGGAACCCGAGGACAAGCCCUACGACGAGCAUUAUAAACGUUCCCCGAACUGCGCCUUCUUUUCACUCACGAGCGAACCCGAGCCAUCACCGAAGCAGAUUGGCCGUAGCAAGGCGACCAGAGGAUCAAAGGUGUUCCGAGCGUCAACCCAAUCAGUGCAGUCCGUUUUCACUACUGCUACAGAGACAAACGCUGUUGACGAAACUGCCGAGCCAGAAGAUAGCAUCCUCACCACUACGUCGAUGGCCCAAGGCAAGAAACCUCGUGCGAAGAAGGCUACAGCUAAGGCUACAAAAGGAGGCCGAAAGAAGACUAAGAAGGAGACGACCCCUGUCGAUGAUGCAAGCGAUGCUGAGGACGAGAGCGAUAUCAUCAGCAGACCUCCCCCUCCCGCCAAAUCAACACGCGGCCGAAAGCGAGGCAGCGUGGCUAUCGACGAUUCCAUGAUGAGCACAGCCAGUGCACCGGCGACCAAGAAACGAGCAGUCAAGACACGAGCCAGCGCGGCUGAAUCAUCUAUGGCAUCUGAGGACACAGCCGUGCCCGAUGCCCCCACCCUUUCCAAGGCCAAGGGCGGUCGACAGUCCAAAACCCGCAAGCCAUCUGCCACUAUAUCGAUGGCAAACACAUCUAUUGUUUCGCUACGUGCUACGCCGGAAGCCUUUCCAGAUGAUGACGAAAUCGAAAGACAGUUGGAGGCGGAUCUUGAGCGUCAGCCUACCGACGAGGAGUUUGUAUACGAAUAUCGACGUCCAUCAACUCAACCGGAGACAAAGCCAGUAGAGGAAACGAUAAAGAAGUCGGCCGCCUACAAAAUGCUUGACCCUGAACCGUCAGAACCAGACGAGGCAGAGGUUGAUGGCGAGCUGAAAGCCCUCCAACACGAGAUGGAGGUGAAUGAGCCCGAAAAGGAGCUAAAGGUUGCCAAGAAAGGCCGCAAGGCAGCUGGUACCCGAAAAGCUUCCAAGCAAACUAAAGCCAAAAAGACAAAAGAGCCAUCUCCAUUUCCAUCUCCAUUACCUCCUACGCCACCACCAGUCCAGUCCAUCGAAAUCGAAGUUGAAGAGCAAGAUGAAGACAGUGUUAUGAGCCCUGAUACUGUAGUGAAGAAUGCUGAUUCUGUCGAUUCAAUGGCUGAGAAGCGCGGGAAAACGAAGAAGAGGAAAUCAUCCAUGGCUUCUGAGGACUCUGUUGAUAUGAUGACGUACGUGGAGCAAAACGAAACUCGCGUCAAACGUGGAAGUGUACUAGAUGAGGAGGCGGAAGAAUCGCCAGAGCCCUCACCGACACCGUCCCCAGGACCCAGCGCUCAGUUGACGAGCGAAGCACAUGACGCCGCUGAUUUGAACGAUGAUGAUUUACUAGCAGCGGAUGAUGAUAUGAAAAUUGCAGAAGACCCUAUCGAGACUGCUACUUCGCCGAUAGCACCGUGGGCGGCAGAAGCACCGUCUACACCUGGUCCAAUGAUAUCACCGGCCGUUUCUGCGAGGCAAGCAGCACUGUCGCCGUCACAAUCGCCUCAGUCGUCUGACGCAGAGAACCAGCCGCCAUCUUCCAGGCCCAGCGCAACAACGAAGCGUGUCGCACUGGCACCACUUACUGCGACUCCUUCGCGCAUGUCCCCUUCGAAGCGCAACGUCAUUGCGGGGUUACAGAGUACGACACCAUGGUCAGCAGCCAAUCUGGAUGUCGUCUUUGGCACUCCAAAGAUAGGGACUGACAAGGAGAAUGGUGUGGAACGGUUACUCAAGCAAGGCAAGGAAUUGAGCAGCCCUGAAAAACAAAUGACAGUUGAGGAGUGGAUCCAUUUCAACGCCGGAGAAGCUGAGAAGAAGCUCAAGCACGAAUGUGAACGAAUGGUUAGUCUGUUUGAGAGCGAGGGUACAAGAGCUAUGAAUGUGCUCGAAGGCUUGGCCGCUGAGUAA